AUGAAAGCAAAGCGUGAGGCUCUGAAGCAAGAGACAGCGAGAUCAGUAACUCCGCAGUACCAGAAUUUCAUUGCAGAAGGUCAGAUAAAUCAUAAACUUCAGAAAUGGCCCAAAAUAAGCAAUAACCCGAGAUCACAACUCUUAUUUGUAAGAUAUUCCGGUCCAGAAUUUAGUGCGUUAUCACACCAGAUGGUCCCGAAGCAAGCGAAGCGCAUUUGGCUCGUUUCCAAAAGUGUCUUUGAAGGGGUGGGUGAUGGUGUGGUGGGUGGUCUGUAA